GUGUUAAACAUGUGUGUUGUUCCACCCAAUUUCCAGGACAUUUUAACCAUUCUUGUGUUCUAGUCCAACCAAAAAAAAACUUUUUUUUACCAAAAUAUUUGAACGAUUCGUCGUGCGUAUUUCGGAUUUUGUAGGUUUAUCAAAUGAACGUGGAAUGUUCCUUAAUUGAUUAAAUUGGUGCGAAUGCAGUUUCGGACGUGUUGUUGGUAGUGUCAAUGGGAUUCGAUUUUGUAGCGCCUGAAAAUCGCUGUGUGAUUCGUGAAGGAUUCCCAGUGGGUGUUUUUGCAAGGACCUAGCCCAGUCCUGAUAAAGGCUAGAAGUGAGCCACCUAGUGGAUUAAGGGAUGUAAUGGUGAGGAUGUAAGCUUCGCAAGUCAGCUCGAAAACGUGAUUGAUCCUUGAUCUGUGCCCAGUGUUCGCGGUCAUAUAUUCUUUUGCCUUCGAGGUGACAUUACAUGACUCAGGUUCAGGUUUUUCCUAUGCCGUUGUCUUCUUCUUUUUCUUCUUAUUCCCGUUCAUUCGUAUGUGGACCACACCCGCGCGCGUGCACACGUUAAACACCGAGCCCCAACGGAGCUCCCACCCGAGAAGAAAAUUAUAUUUCGUCGUCGGUGUUCCUUUUAGUUACAAAUACAAGUGCAAAAAUUGACAGAAACCAUUCGCACAUAUACGCUUGCUUUUACGCUUACACGCUCACCAAGUUCGUCCUGAUGCUCAACUCGAUACUGCUCCAAAUCGACAUGUACUCGUACCCUUAGAUAGGAGAAUCCUUUUUCCUAGGAUAAUAGAGAAAUUUCGCUGCGAAAAUAAACUCGAAACGAAUGCUAACACCGGAACAUAAUUGAUCGCUCCAAAUCGCUAUUUAAAUCACCUGGAAUCAUCCACCCUCAGAGGGCGCGUGGCGAAUUACCAAGCUCGUUCCCGAGGACUGUGUUAAUAAUUGCAUAAAAAUUAAAAAUUGCUAACAUCAAGCUCCACAUGCGUGUGCGUGUCUAAAUAAAAAAAUCCGUAUCUGCAUUGUGUAGUAUAUUUCAUUCGCGGUAUUCUGUGAUAUGUUUGCUAUUUUUCGUUCUUCGUCCUUCCCUUGAGUUCGCUGAAAGAUUGAGUGGAAAAGUUCAAAGUGAAAAUUUACUUUCUCGUUCAACUGAAUAGAAAGUACAAUAGUUACAAUACUCGAAAAAGGCUACAAAAUUGUUAUAUCGCGCUGUGCUGAAGUUGAAAGUUCGCUACACGUUUUAUUGUGCAGUUAUCGUAAAAGUUUCCAGCUUUGAAGUGAAUAUCGAAUCGGGCAAUACAAGUUUUUUAAGUUUAAGUUUUUAAUAGUGUUUGGAAAGGGUUCAACGUUGUUUGGGAGCGAUUUCUAGUCAGAAUUAGAUUGGCAGCUGGAAAUGCACAAUCUAAAAAGGUGACGCCGCUGCAAUGACGACGAUCCGUUAGCGGCAGUGACUAUGGGACCAGAGGCAUGGGCGUGCUCGCGGACCCUGGGUCUUUCCGGUGGUGUCAGGCAUUAAGCCGGUCGCGAUCGUUCGCCACAAAAUCUACAUCUAAUCAACAUCUACCUACAAUCAAAUCAUCGUUUGCGGGAAAACAAAUCAAACAGAACUAUCGAUCCAACUACUACGUUGCAUUGCUCAUUAUUAUUGCAAUUCUAACAAAACAAACUAUAGCUAAUAACAUUAAUCCAGAAGAUGCUGUACACAUUACAGCAAUAUUGGGCGAAAGUGUUGUAUUCAAUUGUCACGUCGAAUUUCCAAACGAUCAUCCUGUACCCUAUGUCCUGCAGUGGGACAAGAAGGUGAGCGAAACGGGUUCGGACGUACCGAUUUACAUUUGGUACGAGAAUUACCCCACACAUAGCGGCGAAGGUUACGAAGGACGUGUCUCACGUGUGUCACCGGACUCACCCUACGGUGCAGCAUCACUCAAUCUGACCAAUAUUCAAGAGGCGGAUCAAGGAUGGUACGAGUGUAAAGUAGUAUUUUUAAAUCGUGAUCCAAAGCAGCAUAAGAAUGGUACAUGGUUCCAUUUAGAUGUACACGCACCACCACGUUUUAGUGUUACUCCAGAGGAAAUUAUUUAUGUAAAUUUAGGUGAUUCAAUUAUUCUAAAUUGCCAAGCAGAUGGCACACCAACACCCGAAAUUUUAUGGUAUAAAGAUGCUGAUCCAGUUGAGCCAUCAUCUACUGUUGGUAUUUUCAAUGAUGGUACCGAGUUACGGAUAUCAACAAUCCGCAACGAGGACAUCGGAGAAUACACGUGUGUCGCGCGCAAUGGUGAGGGACAAGUCUCCCAUACGGCCCGUGUUAUAAUAGCGGGCGGCGCUGUAAUCAUGGUGCCGCCCACCAAUCAAACCAAAUUGGAAGGCGAGAAGGUGAUAUUUCCUUGCGAGGCCAAGGCGAUGCCAGGCAAUGUCACCGUGCGAUGGUUUCGAGAGGGAUCGCCUGUGCGCGAGGUCGCGUCCUUAGAGACCCGAAUCACGAUCCGCAAGGAUGGCUCGCUUAUUAUAAAUCCCGUUAGUGCGGACGAUUCGGGACAGUAUUUGUGCGAAGUGACGAAUGGCAUUGGAGAUCCGCAGACUGCUUCGGCUUAUUUGAAUGUUGAAUAUCCUGCCAAAGUGACCUUUACACCAACUGUACAAUAUCUACCUUUUCGUCUUGCCGGAGUCGUUCAAUGCUACAUUAAGGCCAAUCCUCCACUACAGUAUGUAACAUGGACCAAAGAUAAACGCUUGCUCGAACCAUAUCAAACCGAAGACAUCGUUGUCAUGAAUAAUGGUUCAUUACUCUUCACCCGGGUGAAUCAAAGUCAUCAGGGCCGUUACACAUGCACCCCAUACAAUGCUCAAGGCACGCAAGGAUCUUCUGGACCGAUGGAGAUCCUCGUGCGUAAGCCGCCAACUUUCACCAUCGAACCGGAACCGCUGUAUCAGCGUAAGGUUGGCGAAUCCGUCGAAAUGCACUGCGACGCUCUCGAGGCCGAGGGCACACAAAAAAUCAACAUACAAUGGCAACGACGUGACGGUGCCCCGUUACAACGAAAUCGCGUUAAAAUGAAUGGUGGCAAUAUAACCGUUGAAAAUUUAAGACGUUCCGAUUUCGGCUAUUAUCAAUGCGUUGCUUCGAACGAGGUGGCGACAAUAGUUUCAGCAACGCAGCUCGUAAUAGAAGGGACGCAGCCUCACGCCCCCUACAACUUAUCCGCAACCGCCACAGAUAGCUCGGUGACCAUUCAAUGGAUGCCGGGCUACAGCGGAGGACCGGAUUACAAACAGGACUACACAAUCUGGUAUCGAGAAGCCGGCGUUUCAGAUUGGUCCACGAUCCCAGUAACGCCAUCCGGCAGCACCCAGGUCACAAUCAAUCGCCUCUCGCCCGGCACCACCUACGAAUUCCAGGUAGUCGGAAAGAACGCACUCGGCGAGGGGAUGAUGAGUAAAGUAAUGACUAUAAAGACACUAGAUGCCGCUCGUACUGUAAAAGCUCCAACACCAGUACCAAAUGAAUUUGAAUUUUCACUUAUGCCCGACGAAGCUGGUCCGAAGCCCGGUCAGCCACGUAACGUGACGGUGACCGAGGUACCAAACGGGUUCCUUAUUACCUGGCAGUCGCCGCUCGAGCGCGCUCACCUCGUCAAAUUCUACACCAUUAAGUACCGCACAGACGCGCAAUGGAAGACACUGAAUCGCGGUCAAAUACGACCUGAGGAGACCAACUACCUGGUUAAGAAUUUGGUUGGCGGACGUACUUACUAUUUCCGCGUUUUGGCCAACUCCCAGAAGAGCUAUGAAUCCAGCGAUGAAGUUAAAUUCCCGGUACCGGCUCGCGUCAAACAUAAAGCCAUAACAGCCGGGGUCGUGGGCGGCAUAUUAUUUUUUAUCGUUGCAAUUAUUCUAUCUAUUUGUGCCGUUAAAAUUUGCAAUAAACGAAAACGACGAAAACAGGAAAAAGAGUACAACAUGGUAGCUUGUAGGAUAACGGACGCCCGAAACACAGCUAGUCGAACGGGCUCCGCUUCCAGUAGUCAAGUGCCUUUGAAAAAAUUUAAACAAGGCCGAAUAUCGGGUCUAAGAAAAAUUCUCACAGCUAUACUACAUUGGAUAUGGCCACCAGAUCGUUGUAAAAAUUGUCAAUCAGUUUAUAGUGUCUCAGUAAUCGAUCAAGUUGAUGGUAAUCUAAAUAAUGUCGGACAAAUACAUCGAACAAUUGAUGGACGAUUUGUCGUGGGCAAUUCACCAACUCCCGCCGAAGAAGUAGACGAGGUUGAUGACUACGAACGUGAUCGCCGAGGAUCACAAAGUAGUAGUAGCGAUGAUGGGGGCUUCUUGGCCAGACGAGCGGCACAUGGACGAGCAUCUUGGAGGCGACCUUUAGUAGCAUCUUCAAGUCAGCUGAGUUUACGCUCUGAGAGCUCGGCACAGAAUUUGAUGCGAGGUUUGGGUGGUCUAUUGAAAAUUGGCACCCGUCCUCAACAACAUCUCUAUAAGAAUCUACCGCUUCCACAGAGCCAGCCACUUACACAAAAUCUGCAUAUAAAUACAGUGAGUGGAAGCAUGCCUGGACCAGUGACGCCAAGUUUUUACACACCAUCGAAAGUGUCCAGAAUAUUUUCUAGUUCUCCUGCAAGUACAGUGGGAGUCACAUCGCCAUGGUCUGCGAACCAAUUUAGUGAUCUCAGCACCGUAUAUCCAAGUUCAGCCGAACGCUCAUUUCCAACGCCGUCAAGUGGAAAUCUGAGUAGGUUCCGGCUUUCACAAGAGCUGCCAUCGCUUAGGACAAUUCAAGAGGAAACCCGUCAAUUAAAUCACGGAUUUGUUCCUCUACACAUCCACUCGCCAUCCUGGAGAGGCUACUAUCAGACCCAAGUUCCAUAUCACAGCUACCGACCCAGAACUCGAUGGUUCCCGCGUCAUUCGAGAAUAACUCGAAGUAACUCUGAGCUCCUCUCACCACUAUCACCGCUAAAUUUUACAAUGAGAGGGGUGGAGGCUUCGCCAGAGAGCCGCUCCAGUUCCAGUGGAUUCGGUAGCAAAAAUACUUCAAGUCAACAACAAGGAUCUCAUUCCGGAAGUACAAGUGAAUGGCGACUGUUGCCGCCUUACCGCCCACCUCCACCUCCCCCCUCAACAGCAUUUCAUCAACAACAACUCUAUCCCUACUACUAUACUAGUCAGCGCCCCUCAUCCCCGCCAUAUACAAUGGAGCAUUGGCUGGAGAUGAUAUCUCGUCUAAAUAAUACCACGGAAACACCCAACCCCCAGAAAGGGUUGGAUGUGGGAAGUGUCGACUGCCAUUACGAAUUCGAUCCAUCAACACCUACUCCGAGCGCAUCAACUCCGACAGGUGCGCCUCGUGACGAUCUCCAUGUCGAUCCGCAGCCUACGACAUCUCAAUUUCACACUAUCGGCCCUACUACGGGGACAGGGUCACGCAAAUCCCGUCCCUCACGCUAUGACAAUAUUGAGGCUCGCGUACAAGCUAUGAAGGAGGAGUUCUAUGCAUAUCGUAAACGACAAGCUAUGAGACGAGCUGGUGUUGAACUCGAGAGUGCAUGCUGAUGUACCAAAAACGAUAACACACACGAACGUGUCAUUUUAGGUAAUAUUUAAAUAAUUAAAUAAGGAACUGCAUUAUGUAACAUAAACAACAAUACUGCCAACCUCAAAACUGGAUUAAAUUAUACUUCUCGCGUAAUAUAUCUAGAAAAUACUUAGGAUUAAAUAAAUCUUAAUCUAAUUACAAACAAAACAAAUCCAAAGUCAUUUAAAACUUAAGACAAUUCGCACAGCAAUGCAUGAAAUACGAAACAUAACGAUCUAAAUGCACUCCUCAAAUAGAUUCUUCUAUCGAAAUUCAAAGAAUUACAGUUCAAACUAACUCAAUCAAUUCCACAUAAAAAUAUUACUAAAAUAUUCUUUCAAAUAACUUGCCGUAUCUUAGAAUCGAAUACGAACCGACUUGCACUGCUACCAACCAUGCAUUUGAUGGAGUUCCACAAGGUUCGUAACACGGUCCGAUUGUAUUCUCAACCUAAAUCAACUAAACAACAAUGUACUCUGCACAGCCUAAUGUAGAAGAACAAAUGAAUAAAAUAGUUAAGAAUGUACUCUUAAAACACAUGUAAAUGUAUAUCUUCCUUUCGGAAUGUUCUGUUUUUAAUUUUCUUAAAAACAAACACACUCACAACGCUUUAUUUUCUCCUAGGGAUACGAUAUGAAACCACACACACAAAGUCUAUACCAUAAGUAGAAACUUUAAUGAAAAUUAACAUUCGUAAUUGUAACUAUCUGAAGUAAAUUAAUUGAAUAAAUUUAAAUGCAACCUAACGAACUAAAUGCAUGAUAAAACGAAGGAAAACAAAACCAAACUUUACGAUAGACGUGAAUAAAUUAAAUUAAAUUAAUUUGAAUAAAUUUACUAUGUGCAAGCAUGCAAGCAACAAACAAUUUUAAAUAAAACUAUGGAAAAUUAAGUGUGCGCGUGGAUCAACGAUUUAGUACAUUAAAUAAUUUAAUUAUGAAAUUAAAUUAAAAAACAAAUUACGAUUGUAAAAAACUGAUAUUUAUAUAAACUAAUUCAUAAAUAAAAAAUAUAUUAAACGUAAAUCUACUCGUAAGACAAGAAAAGGAAAAUCUUCAAAAAACCGCAAAAACUACAAAUUAGAGAACGUUACAAUUUACACAUAUAGACACAGCUAGCCAAUAAGGUCUUCAUAAGCUAAUCUAUUAAAAUCUAAAGAACACAAAAGAGGCAAAUAAAAUUACAUGAGAAGCAAAAUACAAAAUGUACGAUUCAAUAAUGUGAUAAUAAAAACAAGAAAAAAACAUGAAGGAAUAAGAAUGGCGACAUUUUUAUUAUGGAGAAAAUACGAAAAUUAGAAAAAUAUUUAAACACAAACAUCACAUUACAGCGUAAGAUCUAACAUUGUUAAAUAAUGUAACAAAGAUAAGAACCCAAGGAGGCAAACAAACGAAACUAUCUAAAUCCAUAGCUUAUUCACAACAACAGGAAGGACGACUACAAAACCAGUUAUUAUUCUAAUAGUAAAUUGUGUUGACAAUUCAAAACCAAUGGAUGAAUGCAAGAAGUAUAAAUCAAUUAAACCAUUUUGAUUCGGUCGUUACUCCACAAUACUCGUUAAUUAUUAUUAUUUCACUUUCCUUUUGUAAAAACAAAGAGAAUAUGAAAGAGGAACGAAUUAAAUAUCUAAUUUAAUGGACUGAAAAAUAGAAGCAAAAGCAACAAAAAAAUUGAAAACAAAAUAAGAUCUAAAAUAACAAAUUCAAAAAAUGUUAUGUAAGAAAAAUGAAAGAAAAAUAAAUUCAUAAUAAAUUGAAA